AACCAUGGCCCAUAAGGAAGACACGGGGAAACAGUACCAUCUAUCCUGCACAGGAGACGCCCUGCAGACUGUUCAUCAGCAUAGCUCGCCGCAAGAUAUCACCUUCUUCGCAGCCUGUUUUUGCCCCUUUGUUCAGCGUGUUUGGGUGGCACUGGAGUACUUACAAAUACCUUAUCGCGUGAAUGAAGUGGACCCUUACAGAAAACCAGCGGAACUUCUUCAGGUCUCCCCGAAAGGCCUCGUACCGGGCCUUAGAAUUGAGAACACUGAUCCAGUCAGGAGCUUGAACGAGAGUACGGUGAUUCUCGAAUACCUAGAAGACUCCGCAGCAGCAGUUGGCGGGAAAAGUCUUCUUCCUCCGAAACAGGAGCCAUAUGCCCGCGCGCUCGUGAGGCUGCAAUGCGAUCAUGUCAACCGGAACCUCAUACCAGCGUUCUAUCGCUAUUUGCAGGCCCAGAGUGAAGAUGCGAUAGUCGCCGGAGCGAAGGAAUUUGUCCUUUCCCUUGAACGUCUGGCAUCUCUUCUUGAAAGGGCGGACCAUGAGGUCGGCGGAAUAGCUUGCGGACUUUGGAGAGAAGAUGGAAUACUGAGUCUUACGGAUGUCAUGGCUGGUCCUUGGUUAUUUCGUGCGACGAACGUGCUGAAGCAUUACCGCGCGUUUGAACUUCCUCCGAGCGAUCGCUUCAAGCGGUGGAUCGCAAGACUAAUCUCGCACCCAGCAUUUAGGGCCACGACAAGUACGGAAGAUUUAUAUUUGGAGUCAUACGAACGAUAUGCGUUUAAUCGACCAAACACUAGCCAAGUAGCCAAUGCCAUAAACGCUGGCCGUAACUUGCCUUAAAUACCGUCUGCAUGAAUGCAAUAGCAACUUUGCUUCUGGCCACUGUCUUAUAACAGAUUUCUCUUGAGGAACGGCGUUCGGGAUCUGCAAUACGUUAAAGUAACUUUGCGUUCUGAAGAUUGGUCAACUCCUUUAUAGCAACAGACAGUUCGCAAUUUGUGCGGGCUUCGAAACUGAAACGUUGCCGUUUACAGUUGCGACAGAAGUAAC